AUGUCGAUUUUUGUGGCCGUGGCCUUGUUGAGCGGCAGGAAGUCCGUCGUGGAAGUGUCCUUCGACACGACCAUCGAUGAGCUGAGACAAAGAGCGCAGCCAGAGUUAGGCACAGGGGUGAGCAAGCUGGUGAGCGUCGCCGGUGAAGUCUUACCCCUCACGAUCACUGUGGCUGAGGCAGGGCUCCAGCAUGGCGACACCCUCGGGGCGAUCGUGAGGCGGGAAGAGCUGGUGCCCUCGCGUGGCGCCUUUGCGCUGCUGCGGGCGAACGGCUCGGUCGUGACGUGGGGCCACCCCACCCACCCCAGCUACGGAGGCGACAGCCGGGCUGUGCAGUCGCAGCUUCAGAAUGUGAGGAAGGUUUGCGCCUCUAGUGGCGCGUUCGCAGCGAUCCUCGACGACGGAUCGGUGGUGACUUGGGGCGACCCCGAGUCUGGAGGCGACUGCAGCCGCGUGCGAAGCCGGCUCAAGAGCGUUGCGCAGCUGGCGGCCACCACGGCCGCUUUCGCUGCCAUCCUCAGCUGCGGCUCUGUGGUGACCUGGGGAAACAGCCACCGCGGUGGCGACAGCAGGCGCGUGCAGGAGCAGCUGAAGAAUGUGAACCACAUCCAGGCUUCUCACACCGCUUUCGCGGCUCUCCGCAGUGAUGGGCAUGUGGUGACCUGGGGAAACUCCUUCCACGGCGGCGAGAGCAGCCGCCUCCAGGAGGAGCUUGUCGACGUGAGAUGCGUGCAGGCCUCGGGCUGCGCCUUCGCAGCCAUCCGGGACGACGGCUCCGUCGUGACCUGGGGGGACGAGACCUGCGGCGGGGAUAGCAGCCGGGUGCGGCACCAGCUGCGGAAGGUCCUUUCCGUGCAGGCGUCGUAUGGCGCCUUCGCGGCCAUCCUGGACGAUGGCUCCGUGGUUUCCUGGGGAAACUCCUACCACGGUGGGAACAGCAGCUCCGUGCAGCACGAACUCCAGAACGUCGUGCAGAUCCAAGCUACCGGCUGCGCCUUCGCGGCGAUACGUUCCGACGGCAGCCUUGUGACUUGGGGCGAUCCUCGGUGCGGCGGAGAGAGCCUGCACGUGCAGCGGCUGCUGCGGAACGUGCAGCAGGUGAGGGGCUCCUGGGGCGCCUUCGCGGCGAUCCUAGCGGAUGGCUCCGUGGUAACUUGGGGUGACCCGAAGCAGGGGGGAGACUGCAGCUCAGUGGAAGCCCAGCUGCGGCAUGUCCAGGAGAUUCAGGCCACUGGCUGUGCCUUCGCGGCGAUCUUGGAGGACGGCAUGGUCGUUACCUGGGGCCACCCUGAGCACGGUGGGGACAGCAGCCACGUUCAGGACCAGCUGCACUGCCAGAGCUAUGGCAGCUAUGGCACGUGUCCCAUGAUUGGCCCGUAG